AUGUUUGGGAUCCCAGCUCCAGAGAACUCAUUCCCGCAUCACCCUACAUUUGCCGCUGCCGCCGGAACAGACGAAGCCCAUACCGAGGCACUGAUCGUGGGCAAGUCGCUAGCACUGAUCGGAUGGGACAUGGUCACCAACGAGGAGAUGUUGAAAACUGCACAGCGGCAAUGGAAGGAAGAAAUUGCGCGCGAGGAUUAUACCUGUCGCCGACGCAAGGUGAAAUGCGGCGAAGAGCGCCCUAUCUGCAGCCGCUGCCAGAACCUGCAUCUUAGCUGUGAGUGGGGGGUCCCCGUGAAACGUGGUCGGGGGUCGCAGGUCCGACAGCUCCAGCCUGCGCCGAUCGCGCCCGACCAGCUGUGGUCGCAGCCGGAAAUUGCGGAUAUCGUGGACCUCCAGCCAGAUGCACUACUCAUGGGGCUCUCCCCAGGUUCGUGGACAGGCGAUGGACUUGUCGCGGAGGCUCCCCUGGUCGCACCCUUCUACCCGGUCGCGACGCCCCUCUACCCACCGCUAAGCGUCCCCGAAAUUGCAUGCGCAAACUCCCUAUCCCUCACCGAAAAUGACCAAAACUACUUCCAAUAUUUUCCGUCGUCGUCGAUUGUGUUUUACUACAUGAAGGGAUGGCAAUGGAGCAGUUUCUGCUAUCUCUAUCAAGGGCCAGCCGCCGCCAACAAAGUGAUCAUGCGGAUGAUUCUGGCCCUGUCGGCGACUGACAUGUAUCGCAAUGGGUUGGCGGUACGCUCUCCUGGUCGGCCAACCGCGGAGGAUCACGGGCGGUAUCACUAUAGCCUGGCCGUCAAGGAAUUUCGGCAGUUGCUUGAGACACCGCGCCGACAUGUUUCGGUAGCUGAGCUCGAGAUUAUAUUUGCCACCAUGUUUCUCAUGAUCACGUAUGAAUGGCAGUUUGGCCACUCCAUACGCCAUCUUCAGCUUCAUCUACAUGGGGUGCGAUCGCUGCUGGAAUCGCAUCCGCAGCUGUUCCGCAUUAAAGACGUCAACGAUGUGUUUUUGUCCUCGGACGAGACCAGCCCGCCUGAAGAGGAUGCGGCUAUCUGUCGCCCGAUUGGCCUCACCGAAUCCUUGUAUGACUAUGUCUUGCAAUCAGGGAACCCUGCUCUGCAUCCGGAUCGGCUCCAUCAGUGCGCGCGUCUCUGGGGCCGAUGCUUUUGGGGCGAACAGUAUCCAGACCAGGAGGUGCUAGACGACAUCGAGAAUUAUCGAGCGCUGGAGCUACUUCAUGCCGGGUUUUGUCUACGAUACCGGACUUGGAAAGCUUUGGUUGACUCUGGAGCCCGUGCCAGAGACACACCAGACUUACUUUUUCGCGAGCUCAUGGCUACUCGGGACAAAUAUUCGGAUCUCUUUAUCACCGCUAAAUUCGCGGGUACCGUCUCGGCUCGACGCACACUCCACACCAUCUACAUGGCCGUCUCCACAUUCUACGCGCAGGUUCUCAUCCACCGACGCCUGCUCUGCGUUGAUACUUUGCGCGGGGCCAUUCACCGGCAAGCCACUACGGGUAUCAUAGACAUUGCCCGGAAACAAUUUACUUCAGAUCCGAGGCUUCUCCGACGACUGCAUUGGCCGCUGUUGAUGGCCGCCAUUGAGACGGACAAUGCCGUCCAACGGACAUGGUUGCAACAGCGUUUGUUCGAUCUGCGCAACUUCCACUCCGAGUAUGUGUGGGCAAAUGAUGUUGCCGACCAAGUCCUGGCCCAGCAGGAGGUGAGUCAACGGCAAGAUGCCAAUUUGGCUGAGGUGUUGCUUCAGCGGCUCCAUGUGCAAUAA